CCAUGGCUCUGCGCUACCCCAUGGCUGUGGGCCUCAACAGGAGCCACAAGGUGACCAAGAAUGUGAGCAAGCCGAGGCACAGCCGCCGCCACAGGCGCCUCACCAUGCACACCAAGUUUGUGCGGGACAUGAUCCAGGAGGUGUGCGGCUUCGCCUCUUAUGAACGGCGGGCCAUGGAGCUGCUCAAAGUCUCCAAGGACAAGUGGGCCUUCAAGUUCAUCAAGAAAAGGGUGGGGGGACACAUCUGUGCCAAGAGGAAGAGAGAGGAGCUGAGCAAUGUCCUGGCCGCCAUGAGGAAGGCAGCAGCCAAGAAGGACUGAGCCCUUCCCCUCUGUGCACAAUAAAACUUUUUC